AUGAAAAUGUCAUCCCGAGGACUAGAUUCAACUACUGAUAGCACUUCGCAGUUUGCUACCAUAGAGAAGACUGAGCCAAGUAAACGGUACACUCCUCCUUGGACUAAACCAUAUAUAAUUGGGAUUGGUGGGUUUUCAGGUUCUGGUAAGACUUCAAUUUCUCAAAAAAUUAUUCUGGAACUCAACCAACCCUGGACGGUGUUGCUCCUGUGUGAUAAUUUCUACAAGGCUUUGACAGAGGAGGAAAGAAAGCUUGCCUUGGCAUCGCAGUAUGAUUUUGAUUGUCCGGCUGCGAUGGAUUUGGAAUUAUUGGUUGAAAAGUUAGACUCUUUGAAACGAGGAAAAAAGACUGAGAUUCAGAUUUACUCAUUUUCAGAACACAACCGUACCGAAAAGCUGUUCACGAUAUAUGGAGCCAAUGUGAUUAUUCUAGAGGGAAUAAUGGCACUCUAUGAUCAAAGGUUGCUUGACAUGAUGGAUAUUAAAGUGUUCGUUGACACCGAUUUAGAUGUCUGCUUGGCUCGGCGCUUGACUAGAGAUAUUCUCUACAGAGGAAGGGACCUCGUGGGUGCUUUGCAACAAUGGGAAAGAUUCGUUAAACCUAAUGCAGUGAAGCAUAUCUAUCCAACUAUCCGUAAUGCUGACUUAGUCAUCCCGCGUGGACUUGACAACACCACUGCUAUUGACUUGUUGAUUCAACAUGUCAAAAAGCAACUUGCGGUUAAGAGCAAAUUGCACAUCCAAAGACUUGAGGCACUAGGUCAUAAUUUUCAGUUCAACGUCCAAAGCUGCAAGAACUUACAUAUCCUACCUUCGACUCCCCACACUAGAGGAAUCCAUUCCAUCAUUCUCAGCAAAAAAACCGAGCGCACGGAUUUCAUUUUCUACUUUGAUCGUAUGUCUAACCUCCUUAUUGAAAUGGCUUUGGAUACAUUGACCAAUUACACCUCUGUUGACAUCCGGUGUAUCAAGGAUUAUACUUACAAAGGGUUGAAGCAGACCCUGGAAGUGAUCGCAGUGAGUGUGAUUCGUAGUGGUGACUGUUUUAUGAACUCCAUGAAGAAGUCAAUCCCAGACAUUCCAAUCGGAAAGCUCUUGAUCCAAAGCGAUGCGUCUACUGGCGAACCACAUUUGCAUACUGAGUCGUUACCCAAGAGGGAGCAUUUAGCAAAGUACAUUUUGCUUGACGCUCAGAUGAUCGGAGGUGCUGGCGCCAUUAUGGCCAUUCAAGUUCUCAUUGACCAUAAAGUCAAGCAAGAGGACAUCAUUCUUGUUUGUUAUCUGCUGUCUGAAAUCGCUAUGCGCAGACUUUUCCGUGUUUUCCCCGAGAUUACUGUUGUUGUGGGUAAACUUAGUAAUUCUGAGGAGGUUGAUACAACUUACAAUAUGGAGGGAUUCAAGGACUCGGACUGGCCAUUUCUGAACAGGUUUAUUGAUUCACUCUACUUUGGGACAGACUAG